AUGGAUGUCCACAACGCUUUUCUUCAUGGUGAUCUGGAAGAGGAGAUUUACAUGGAUCUUCCACAAGGAUUACAGAGACAGGGGGAGUCAAAGAAUGCCAAGUUGACCAGUAUUGAUUAUGAUGCUGGGACGUCCUCCUCUGAUGAUCCAUUAUUGAAGGACCCGACAAGCUAUCAAAGACUUGUUGGGAAGCUUAUCUAUUUCACAAUGACCAGGCCAGACAUUUGCUAUGUAGUACAGACUCUCAGUCAAUUCAUGCACAGUCCAAAGCAGUCACACAUGAAUGCAGCCUUAAAAGUGGUGAAAUAUCUGAAGAGUUGUCCAGGAUUAGGGAUACUCCUCUCUAGAAAGUGCAAUAUGGAGAUGGCAGCCUAUUGUGAUGCGGACUAUGCUACAUGUCCCAUGAGUAGGAGAUCUAUUACUGGAUUUUGCAUCAAAUUUGGGGAGUCGUUACUUUCAUGGAAGACAAAGAAACAAUCUAUUGUAUCAUUGUCAUAG